UUCGUGUGUUGAUCGUGGAUCGUUUCGGUUUCUGUUGAAUGUUUGUUCCGUCAAUAAAGUUAAUAAAUUUUUAUUCUUCAGCGUCGUCGCGGCAUGCAAGCAAUAAUAGUUCUUCAGACUCAGUUCUUGCGCAUGAUAUAUUUUUAAAUUAUAAACGACAUCGACAGUGUCUCAUGUUGAAAAGUGUGCUCGACUUAAUUUGAUAAAAAAGAAUCAGAAAAAAAAAUAUCAAAAAAGAAAAAUAAAAGAUUGAAAGAAUCAAAAAUUAUGCAAAUUCGCUUCGAGCGGUCUGCGCAGGAGAAAUCACUACUUUUACAAUGGAAGACAAAAAAGUGAAUCGAAGAGAAGAAUAGAUGAUCAGUUGUGCUGUUGUUAAGAGAAGGAAAAGCUUCGUUUACGCUUUUCGUUUUCUUUAAAAAUAUGCUAAAAAGUUUUAUGUAUAUCAAAAACUAUAAACGAGUCAUAAUAAUCUUAGCGUUCUUUCUCGUGUACAUAUCAAUGUAUUUAAUUCACAAUGCCUAUGGGACUCUAUGUGUAAUUAAAAGCAACAGUGGAGAUAAUGGCAGCAGUAAUAAAAGAGACAUUGAAGCCUCGAAGCUCUUUAAAGGCAACAAUUCAAACCUGUUUGAUCUUUAUUCAAAUGUCACGACAUCAAUGCCGGGUCAUAAAACUGAACCCCAUGAUGAGACGUCCUUCCGCGACAACAACAACAACACACAUGUGGAGUACGAAUGGACAACAAAUAUUGAUUUAGAUGACAUUUUUAUCAGUGUUAAGACGACACAAAAGUAUCACGAUUCUCGACUGAAAGCAAUCGUUAAAACAUGGUUUCAACUCGCUCGAGAUCAAGUUUGGUUUUUCACUGAUUAUGAGGAUGACGCUUACCAGAAUUUAACGAAUCAUCAUAUGGUGCAGACGAAUUGCUCGCGGGGACACUUUCGGCAAGGACUGUGCUGUAAAAUGAACAAAGAAUUUGAUUUCUUCUUAAGCACAUCGAAAAAAUUUUGGUGUCAUUUUGAUGACGACAACUAUGUAAAUAUACCGACACUAGUUAGAGUAUUGAAAGAGUAUCACGCCUAUCAAGACUGGUACUUGGGCAAGCCCAGCAUUUCUUCGCCAAUCGAGAUAUUUUUAAAUCCGGCGAUAAAAAGCUUAGAAAGUAAGAAACGAGCCAAAGACAAUCAAGAGAAUCAGAAAAUUAAAUUUUGGUUUGCCACCGGUGGUGCUGGUUUUUGUAUCAGUCGUGCAUUAGCGAUAAAAAUGAUGCCGUUAGCAAGUAAUGGAAAGUUUGUUACCAUUGGAGAUAAAAUAAGAUUUCCAGACGAUGUUACAUUGGGAUUCAUUGUGGAAUAUCUCCUGAAAGUUCCAUUAACUGUCGUCAACUCUUUUCAUUCGCAUCUUGAGCGAAUGGAUCAUAUUGACGUUGAUAGCUUUCGUGAUCAGAUAUCAUUUAGCUACGCAAACAUCAAAGACGAUUGGAAUGUCGUGAGAAUCGAUGGAUUCGACGCUGGUGAAGAUCCAUAUCGAUUCUUCUCGCUUCAUUGUUACCUCUUUCCAUAUUUUGAUUAUUGCAAAAAUCGAAGUUUGUUGUAAAAUUGUCAGAACGUGAAUUGCCAUUUUAAAAUUAACAUUUUUUAUGAAUUUAUGAAUUAUCUGUGAUCAAUGCAGCUCUUUGAUUUCAUUGGAUGGGAAAAUAUUUGUUAAUGCUGCAUUUAAAACCAGUCUUUAAGUUGAUAAACUAAUUUUAAUUGUUAAGUAAUUGUUACAAUGACUUUGUGUAUCUAAUUCAUCUCUCCUUUGCAUGAAUUGAAUAACUAAAAUAAAUAAAAUAUGUGAUUCAGUUGCAUAUACUUUUAUAUGUUUAUUUAAAAUUGAAAAUAAUAAA